AUGAUUCGUUAUGUCAGCAGAAUGGGUGAUUAUGAUUAUUUGAUCAAAUUUUUGGCGUUGGGAGAUUCGGGAGUUGGAAAAACAUCGUUUUUGGUGAGUAAUAUUUUCUAGAUCUUCAAAUAUUUUAUCAACAUUCAUUAUUUUCAGCAUAGAUACACUGAUAAUACUUUCACUGGUCAAUUCAUUUCAACAGUUGGAAUUGAUUUUAAAGAAAAGAAAGUGGUGAGUUCUCGAACAUUCUUGGAUUAUUUUUUUUUUCCUAUAUUAAAAAAAAACAAAAAUUUGUAGGUCUACAAAAGUGCUCGAGGUGGAUUUGGUGGGCGUGGUCAACGUGUACUUUUACAACUUUGGGAUACAGCUGGACAAGAAAGAUUCCGAAGUUUGACAACUGCAUUUUUCCGCGAUGCAAUGGGUUUUAUUUUGAUUUUCGAUAUCACAAAUGAACAAUCGUUUUUGAAUAUUCGAGAUUGGUUGUCACAAUUAAAAGUAACAGAUUCUCGGAGGAAAAAUAACAUGAAAAUGAAAGUUUUCAGGUUCAUGCAUACUGCGAAGCUCCAGAUAUUAUAAUUUGUGGAAACAAAGCAGAUUUGGAAAAUCGAAGACAAGUUAGCACAGCAAGAGCAAAACAAUUAGCUGAUCAAUUAGGGUAAGAAAAUGUUGGGAGAGAAAAACAGUAGUUCAGAAAACUUUGGAGCUACAGUAACAAAGGGUUUUAAAAAAUACAUAAAGCUAACAAUUUUUGCUAAUUUUUUGGUACACCAAAUUCUUCUUCAGUAAUUUUUCGUGAACUUUUAUGAAUUCCAACUAAAGCCUGAGAGAAUUACUAUUCCAAAAUUAAUAUUUUUAUAGAUUACCAUACUUCGAAACUUCUGCUUGCACUUCAACAAAUGUUGAAAAAUCAGUGGAUUGCCUUCUUGACUUGGUUAUGCAAAGAAUUCAACAAUCAGUUGAAACUUCGAAUCUUCCACUUUCAGGUAUUCCUUCUAUUUCGUUUUUAUUCAACCCCAAUAAAUUAUUUCCAGAAUGUCGUGGUGUUAGUUUGGAUAAUGAUGCAUCUUCAAGCUCAUCUUAUUGCGCAAAUUGUUAA